AUGGCCAAAGCUGCGAAGAAAGCCUCUCCUACCAAAAAGGAUUCCAAGCCAAAGAAGGGCAGUAAGACCAAAGAUCCAAAUGCUCCGAAACGUGCCAUGUCUGCGUUCUUCUUCUGGAUGGCCGACAACCGUGAGAGAAUAAAGAAGCCGGGUAUGGGUGUUGCCGAUGUUGCGAAAGCUGCUGGUGUUGAAUGGGGCAAAGUCACGGACAAAUCGAAGUGGGAGAAGAAAGCUGCUGAGGACAAGAAACGUUACGAGUCAGAAAUGGCCGCGUAUAAGGCAAGCGAGUAA